ACCACUCUGUGUGAUCUACAGUGACCAUGCAUCACCUGCCAGCAGACCAUCAACUCAACGCCAGCUGCAACUGCUCCUCUCCCUUUUCCAACUGGACAGCAGGGGGCGACACCCUGCAGCUGCCCACAUUCACCACAGCAGCCAAAGUCAGGGUGACCAUUACCUUCAUCCUCUGCGCCACGUCGGCCUUCUGCAACCUGGCCGUGCUGUAUGCAGCCCACAGCGACGGGAAGCGAAAGUCGCACGUCAGGGUGCUGAUCAUCAACCUGACUGUGGCUGAUCUGCUCAUGACCUUCAUCGUGAUGCCAGUGGACGCAGUGUGGAACAUCACAGUCCAGUGGCUUGCUGGGGACCUUGCCUGCAGGCUACUGAUGUUUCUCAAGCUGCAGGCCAUGUACUCCUGCGCCUUUGUCACUGUGGUUAUAAGCCUGGACAGGCAGUCAGCUAUUCUCAACCCUCUGGCUAUCAACGAGGCCAGAAAGAGGAACAGAGUCAUGCUGUCUGUGGCUUGGGCCAUGAGUGCUGUGCUGUCAGUCCCUCAGAUAUUCCUUUUUCACAACGUGACCAUCAUUCAUCCCGAGGAGUUCACUCAGUGCACGACUCGUGGAAGUUUCGUGAGUCACUGGCAUGAAACUGCCUACAACAUGUUCACCUUCUCCUGCCUGUUCCUGCUGCCUCUGGUCAUCAUGAUCACCUGUUACACGAGGAUCCUCUGUGAGAUCUCCAAACGACUGAAAACGGACAACUUGUCGUCCAAUGAGGUGCGUUUGCGGUGUUCAAAGAACAACAUCCCCAGAGCCCGAAUGAGAACUCUAAAAAUGAGUAUAGUUAUUGUCUUGUCUUUUAUUAUCUGCUGGACUCCGUACUACCUGCUGGGCCUGUGGUACUGGUUCUUCCCCCAUGACCUUGAGGGGAAAGUCUCCCAAUCGCUAACCCACAUCCUGUUCAUCUUUGGUCUCGUCAACGCCUGCCUGGACCCGGUCAUCUACGGCCUGUUCACCAUUCACUUUCGAAAGGGGCUCCGGAGGUAUUUUUUUAAAGCUCCCCCAGCGUCUGACCUGGAUAACCACACGGUUAUAACUGGAUCUUUAACUUGUGCUGCCAGUAUUUCACCACUGAAAAGAGAGCUGAACUCUGCUGCCAGCCAGGAGAAGUUCAUCAUGUACAGUAUCAAUCACAGUAAAGAAGAGUCAACGUCACCAAGUUGCAGCUUUUUAACAGCAGACAAUAAUACAGCUAGAGAUGUAAACCAGUCCAGCUCCGACAGCACCAUGUGA